CGAGUGAAACGUCACUUCUGUGGGACAUGCCCUGACGUCAUUCCAUACACAUUGCAGCCAACAUGGCUGACAGCAUCCCGUUAAACCCAGUGCGGAAAAACUCGAAGAAAAUUGCGUAUUACAAUGCUGGCAGAGCUGCUAGGUACCAGGCAGAAGACGAGACCUCAAAUCUGGACGAGAUGCCCCUGAUGAUGUCUGAAGAAGGCUUUGAGAACGAGGAGAGCGACUAUCACACGCUGCCCCGCGCACGCCUCAGCCAGAGGCGGCGAGGCCUGGGCUGGUUCCUGUGUGGGGGCUGGAAGGUCCUCUGUGGGAGCUGCUGCGACUGCAUCUUUCACUUCUGCUGGCGGAAGAAGGUGCUGAAGGCUCGCACCGUGUGGCUCGGCUGCCCUGAGAAAUGCGAGGAGAAACACCCGAAGAACGCCAUCAAGAACCAGAAGUACAACCUCUUCACCUUCGUGCCAGGGGUUCUCUACCAGCAGUUUAAAUUCUUCCUCAACCUGUACUUCCUGGUGGUGGCUUGUUCUCAGUUUGUACCGUCUCUGAAGAUUGGGUUUUUGUACACCUACUGGGCCCCAUUGGGCUUUGUGAUGGCAGUAACCAUGAUGAGGGAGGCGGGGGACGAGGUGCGACGGUACACGAGGGAUAAAGAGAUGAACUCCCAGCUGUACAGCAAACUCACCAUGAGAGGUAAAGUCCAAGUGAAAAGUUCAGAUAUUCAAGUUGGAGACCUCAUCAUUGUUGAGAAGAAUCAGAGGAUUCCUGCUGAUAUGGUUUUCCUGAGGACAUCAGAGAAAGCAGGCUCUUGCUUCAUCCGGACCGAUCAGCUGGAUGGGGAGACGGACUGGAAGCUCAAAGUGGCUGUGGUCUGCACACAGAGACUGCCAGCAUUAGGGGACCUCUUCUCCGUCAAUGCCUAUGUCUAUGCCCAGAAGCCCCUGCUGGACAUCCACAGCUUCGAGGGCAACUUCACGAGGGAGGACUGCGACCCAUCUAUCCACGAGAGCCUGAGCAUUGAGAACACCCUGUGGGCCAGCACUGUGGUGGCGUCAGGCACUGUGAUCGGGGUGGUGAUCUACACCGGCAAGGAGACCAGAAGUGUGUUGAACACCUCCCAGUCCAAGAAUAAGGUGGGGAUGCUUGACCUGGAGCUGAACCGCCUCACCAAGGCCCUCUUCCUGGCACAGGUGGUGCUCUCUGUCGUCAUGAUUGCACUGCAGGGCUUCGUCGGACCCUGGUUUCGUAACCUGUUUCGUUUUGUGGUGCUCUUCUCCUACAUCAUUCCUAUCAGCUUGCGAGUGAACCUGGAUAUGGGGAAGUCUGCGUAUGGUUGGAUGAUCAUGAAGGACGAGAACAUCCCAGGGACGGUGGUGAGGACCAGCACCAUCCCAGAGGAGCUUGGCCGCCUCGUCUACCUACUGACCGACAAAACAGGCACUUUGACUCAGAAUGAGAUGAUCUUCAAACGGUUGCACCUGGGUACUGUAUCUUAUGGGACAGACACAAUGGACGAAAUCCAAAACCACAUCAUUCAGACCUACGCUCCGCAGCCCAGUGGCGGUGGCAGUAGUGGGACCAGUGGAGGCGGCAGCACCACCUCGGCUUCUGGUUCCACCCCGCCACGCGGCAAGGCCCAGCAGCCGGCGGCGCCCAAGGUCCGCAAGAGCGUGAGCAGCCGCAUCCAUGAGGCGGUGAAGGCCAUUGCGCUGUGCCACAACGUCACGCCCGUCUACGAGUCCCGCGCCGGUGCCAAUGGCGAUGCGGAGGCCGCAGAGGCCGACCAAGACUACAGCGAUGACAACCGCACCUACCAGGCCUCCAGCCCGGAUGAGGUGGCCCUGGUGCGCUGGACAGAGAGCGUGGGCCUGACGCUGGUGAACCGCGACCUGACCUCCCUGCAGCUGAAGACAUCCUCGGGGCAGAUCCUCACCUAUUUCAUCCUGCAGAUCUUCCCCUUCACCUCUGAGAGCAAGCGCAUGGGCAUCAUCGUCAGGGAAGAGGCCACGGGUGAAAUCACCUUCUACAUGAAAGGGGCUGAUGUUGCCAUGGCGAGCAUCGUUCAGUACAAUGAUUGGUUGGAGGAAGAGUGUGGAAAUAUGGCGAGAGAGGGGCUUCGCACUCUUGUGGUUGCCAAGAAGUCUUUGUCAGAGGAGCAGUAUCAGGACUUUGAGAGUCGCUACACUCAGGCCAAGCUGAGCCUGCAUGACCGUGCUCUGAAGGUGGGGGCGGUGGUGGAGAGUCUUGAGCGGGAGCUGGAGCUGCUGUGCCUGACUGGGGUGGAGGACCAGCUGCAGGCUGACGUCAGGCCCACGCUGGAGCUGCUGAGGAACGCCGGGAUUAAGAUCUGGAUGCUGACCGGUGAUAAGUUGGAGACGGCCACGUGCAUUGCCAAGAGCUCCCACCUGGUGAACAGGAGUCAGGACAUCCACAUCUUCAGACCGGUGUCUAACAGGAGUGAAGCUCACCUGGAGCUCAACGCCUUCAGGCGGAAACACGAUUGUGCCUUGGUUAUCUCCGGAGACUCACUGGAGGUGUGUCUGCGGUACUACGAGCAUGAGUUUGUGGAGCUGGCGUGCCAGUGCCCGGCGGUGGUGUGCUGCCGCUGCUCGCCCACUCAGAAGGCCCAGAUCGUCAAGCUGCUCCAGCAGCACACCAACAACCGCUGCUGUGCCAUAGGAGAUGGUGGGAAUGAUGUCAGUAUGAUCCAGGCAGCAGACUGUGGCAUCGGCAUUGAAGGAAAGGAGGGUAAGCAGGCGUCCCUGGCCGCUGACUUCUCCAUCACGCAGUUCAAGCACAUCGGCAGGCUGCUCGUGGUGCACGGGCGCAACAGCUACAAGCGCUCGGCAGCACUGGGCCAGUUCGUCAUGCAUCGCGGCAUGAUCAUCUCCACCAUGCAGGCAGUGUUUUCCUCUAUUUUCUACUUCGCCUCUGUGCCCUUAUACCAAGGCUUCCUCAUGGUGGGCUAUGCCACCAUCUACACCAUGUUCCCUGUGUUCUCCCUGGUGCUGGACCAGGAUGUGAAGCCUGAGAUGGCUCUGCUGUACCCAGAGCUGUACAAGGACCUCACCAAGGGUCGCUCCUUGUCUUUCAAGACAUUCCUUAUUUGGGUACUGAUAAGUGUGUACCAAGGGGGCAUCCUGAUGUACGGGGCGCUGCUGCUGUUCGAGUCGGAGUUCGUCCACGUGGUGGCCAUCUCGUUCACGGCGCUGGUGCUGACCGAGCUGCUGAUGGUGGCGCUGACGGUGCGCACCUGGCACUGGCUCAUGGUGGUGGCCGAGUUCUUCAGCCUGGGCUGCUACCUGGCCUCGCUCGCCUUCCUCAACGAGUACUUUGACUUGGGCUUCAUCGCUACUAAGGCCUUCGUGUGGAAAGUGUCGGCCAUCACGGUGGUGAGCUGUCUGCCCCUCUACAUCAUCAAGUAUCUCAAGAGGAAGUUCUCUCCCCCCAGCUACUCCAAGCUCUCCUCGUGAGCUCUUCCUCUUGAGCUGUUCCUCAUGAGCUCCUCUUCCUCCUUGGCACAAGACAAUACAUUUUUUAUGGCACAUACAUGGAUACACUGGACUGGCACAGAACAAGAGAGAAUGAAAAUGAUGAUGUCACGAAGAGUGGACUACACAUGGGUAAUCUGAGAAACUUGAAAAGACUUAAGCAGUUGCAGCAGAGAAAUGAAAAGAUGUGAAGAAAAAAAAAUGAAUGACAUCAAUGGCCUUCUUUCUUUGGGAUGCGUAUCUGCUGAAUUUGUCCUUCUUAGCUUUCAAUCAUGGACACUCCAUUUUUUCAACUUUUUUUGUAUGUGCAACUUGAAUCUGUUUGUUGUUUGUUUUUUGGUGUAAGUUGUGAUCUACUUGAUGCUUUUGUAUUACCAACCUGCUACCUGGGAAAACUAUGGCAGUAUUGCAGACUUACCCCUACGCUGUUAUUUUUUUAACCAAGAUCUGCCGUGAACAGCAAGCUAUGUUCCCCCAAACAGCUUUUAGGGGUGGGGGGGGUGGUGGUAAGAGAAGCGCCUAACACCUGUGGUCUCUGCAGGACAGGAUAUAGCUGAGAGCUAUUUUUGUCCUCCUAGCUGUGUCCUCUGUUCGUUAACAGCUCCGCUCUACGUCCUGCACACCAGCCAGGACUGGCCCAACUUCCCAAGCACUCUGCAAGCCACCAGGAGCAGUUUUUUUUGUUCCGCGAACAAUGUUAUUUCUGCCUUGGGUUUCCAGUGGUUUUUCUACGGCUCUACAGAUUUUGUGUAGUUUGUGUGCCGGACAGAAGACAUGUUGUUGGCUAUGACUUUGCUGUGACCCCUCACCUUGUUUGACUUCAAUCAUUCCCACUCAGACAAUGACUUCUCUUGACCCCCCCCCCCCCCCCUCCCUGACCAUUUUUAUGAAUGUGACAAAAUGGACAGUCAGUUGUAAAGGUUUGCACCAUCCAACUACAGCGACGACAUGCGCUGCUUCUUGUUGCUAUGGGGAUUUUCCGUGUUUAGCCUUCUGCUUUGUAACUGUUUAAUCUCUAAAACAAUCAUCACUGCAAAUCACAUCAUUUGAACUUGGAUAGAUAUGGCAAAGGCCAUGCCUUUGCUCAAUAUAAAAAGGGUUUAUCCUCAAAACACGUGCCACGGGUGUCUGGGUGUCGCAUUGUGUAGUUAAUUUUAAUUGUAGUCGUAUUUGUUUACUAACAAAACCACAUAACGUAAGUCUGCUUUGCUGGGAACAAUAAGUGGACAUUAGUAUUUUGUUAGGAUGAGUUUUAUCAUUCUCACCAUUGUCUGUCUACACUACUAUUUGUGAGGGUUUGUAUGUUCGACAAAGUGAACGUAACAAAAAAAAAUUAUAUGUGGAUUGUCUGUGUGUCUGUGUGUCGGUCUCUGUUGACCUUACAUUUCAGUUGCACUAAGGUGAAAUGUACUGAUUGCUCUGAUUUCCUCAUGACCUACUGCAUCUGUCCCGUGUGGGAGCGGAGUUGAUUUGUCUGUAUUUAUAACGUGUUUUUUUUUUUUGUCAUUUUGUACCCCAACACUGAAUGAUUCAAUCACACAAUCUGCUGGAGCGAAACAGAUGUUUACUCUGGGAGUGUUCAGCUUUGUAUGGCAACUUCUGUGCAAGAUCAUUGAUUUUGUGUGAGCUUUCAUUCCAUGUCUGUUGCUUUUUAAAACUGUAUGAACAUUUCUGUCUGUUUAUUAAUAUAUGAGUUAUUAAAGAGCAAUAACUUUAUAUA